AUGGAUGCACUCGAGCUUGAGAAAAGGGUAGCUGAGUUCUACGAUGAGAGUUCAGGUUUAUGGGGAGACCACAUGCAUCAUGGCUUUUACAACCUCAAUGCUGAAGUUUCCAAUUCUCGUUCUCACCACAGGGCAGCCCAAAUUCGAAUGAUCGAAGAGGCUCUCAGUUUUGCUGGCAUUUCAGGUCUCUUAGAGACGUACCCAGAAAAGUGGCCUAAGAACAUGGUUGACUAUGGGCGUGCGCGAUUAGAGGCAGCUCUGGGUACAUAG